UUUUUCACUUUUAGAUUGGACUCCGGCCCCUUAUCACUCUGGCUUGCUGCGAGCGGGCGCCACGCUCUUUGCAUUCACUCAACCCUCGUUAAUUACUUGUACUCUGCUGUAUAAAACGAACAAUGUACUCCGCCUUGAGAUCGAUCCAGAACGUUACCCGCCGCGCGGCGUCAACCACAGCAGCCGCAGCUGCCAGCAAGCCCCUGACAAUCGGACUCAUCCCGGCCGACGGAAUCGGUCGCGAGGUCAUCCCCGCCGCUAGACAGGUGCUCGAGACUCUGCGCAGCGACGUCAUGCCGGCCAAGCUGAACUUUGUCAACCUUGAUGCCGGGUUCGAGUACUUCCAGAAGCACGGUGUGGCCCUCCCGGAGGAGACUCUGGCAGCGCUCAAGGGUGACUGCGACGGCGCACUGUUCGGCGCCGUCAGCUCGCCGUCGCACAAGGUCGCUGGCUACUCUUCGCCGAUCGUCGGUCUGCGCAAGCAGAUGGACCUGUACGCCAACGUGCGGCCAGUCAUUUCGGGUGCCGCAGCCACGGCGUCGGGCGAGAGACGCGCCAUUGACAUGCUGAUUAUCCGCGAGAACACCGAGUGCCUGUACAUCAAGGAGGAGGAGCUGCACGAGGGCCCCGACGGCAAGUACGCCAUUGCCAAGCGCCGCAUCAGCGAGUUUGCGUCGCGCCGCGCCGGCGAGAUGGCAUUUAGCAUGGCGCUGCAGCGCGACGCCAUGCGCCAGCAGCUGCCCGCUUCGGAGCGCACAUGGACCGGCCGCCCCAAGGUGACGAUCGUCCACAAGUCCAACGUGCUGAGUGUGACCGACGGUCUGUGGCGCGAGACCGUGCGCAGCGUGUACGAGAACAACCCCGAGUACAAGGCGCGCGUGGACGUCGAGGAGCAGCUGGUCGACUCGAUGGUCUACCGGAUGUUCCGCGAGCCCGAGGCCUUUGACGUUGUCGUCGCACCCAACAUGUACGGUGACAUCAUCAGCGACGGCGCCGCCGCGCUGGUUGGCAGCCUGGGUCUUGUGCCCAGCGCCAACGUCGGCGACAACUUUGUCGUUGGCGAGCCCGUGCACGGAUCGGCCCCGGACAUUGCCGGACGGAACAUUGCCAACCCCAUUGCGGCAAUCCGCAGUGCUGCCAUGCUUUUGGAGAGCACUGGCUACGGCUCGGCCGCGCUCGCCAUCUACCGCGCCGUCGACAAGGUCUUGGCCGAGGGCCAGAUCAAGACCCCCGACCUGGGUGGCAAGGCGACUACCACCGAGGUGACUGAGGCUGUCUGCAAGCUCCUCUGAGCCAAGCAACGCCGUUUUUGCAUUCUUGUUGAAUACAUUUUAUUUAAUUGACUCA